AUGGCCACUCCGAGUUCCAGUACUCCUCGCACUUUACUGCCAGAGGCCAGUGAGUCAGGCAGUGUUGAUAUUGACCCUUCAAUUCCUAUUCGAGGACCUGAGCAUAUUUCGGAUGAUGAAGGACACUGGGCCAAAAAGACAAUCUUGACAUUCGAUGGAGGUGGUAUCCGUGGCUACGCAAGUCUUCUAGUACUCAAGCGCAUUAUGACUACGAUACGUACACUGGAGCGUCAACACGAAGACCCGGCUCCCAGCAGCAGCUACUACUCGUGGAUGAGACCGUCCAAUCAACGUACCACUGAAGCAAAUGCCGAUUCAGAUCGUGUUGAUGAAUACCUUCCGUGUCACUAUUUUGACUAUAUAGCAGGAACUUCAACGGGCGGUUUGAGUGCCAUCAUGCUGGGAAGGCUACGUUUCUCGGUUGAUGAAGCGUUGGACACAUAUAAGUCGUUCGGAAACGCCGUCUUUGGCAAGCCUAGAUGGUUUCAUGUGCGGUCAAUUCUCUGGUACCCGCGAACAAAGUUUUCUUGUCGGAAAACCCGCGAGGCAUUUCAAGAUGCAAUCAAGAAAGCGUUAAAGCGAGACCAUGAUCCAGCUAUUGGACAUACAAGAGAUCGCCUUCCUCAAAGGGCAGAUAUCGAGCCACUAAAGUACAGGGAAGAUCGAACCCGCACUAUUGCCGUUUCAUUCGUUACAAAGAAGCAAGGCGGUGUUAGUAAACAGUUCUUAUGGAGGAGUUACGACCACUAUUGGAGUCCCAGGUCAAAUGACUCCCCCUCCUGGACCCCACCUAAUACAGGUCCCGCUCAUACAACAGCAAUUUGGGAGGUGGCUCGCGCUACAACUGCGGCACCAGUAUACUUUGGGUCCAUCGAGAUUGGAGAAAGCGAUUUUCGCGACGGGGGUAUGGUAGCAAACAACCCCUCGUUAGCCACCCUUCGAGAGAUCGAUGGUCUUCAUGGCCACCCAGACUUUUUCGUCAGCAUUGGAACCGGCUUAAAGGUUACAGAUGACACACCUAAUGCAACGUCAGAGGUAGCAAGUGGUAACACGAGAACCUCUAGAAGGGCGAAAACAAUAGAUGAUGUCAGAAACAAGCAGUUUCUGAGAAAGCAUGUUGAACUGUUGGGAGACUGGAAGAAAUUUAUGGUGGACUGUGAGGGCGAAAAUGGAACGAAUGGCUGGCUAAAAGAAUGUGAAUAUGUUGGCCUCACUGAGAAGGAUAGGUACAGACUCAACGUCGAAGGUGACCUCCAUACCAUUCCACUUGACGACUGGCGGCCUUCUGAAACAGGCGAAAGUACUCUCAGGUUUAUACAGGAGCAGACCGAAGCAUAUCUCAACAAAACGACAGUGAUUCGCGACAUUGACAAUAUUGCGAACAGACUAGUGGAUAUGAGACGCCAACGUGCUGCGACGGAGCAAUGGGAACGGUUUGCUGUGGACGUAACGUAUCGCUGUGAUAAUUGCGAAAAAAAGGAGUACGAUACUCGUGCUAAGCUGCGGGAGCAUUUACAAAAGGGUAUUAAGCACAGAAGGGAGAAGGUUGUUGAUGGAAAGGAGCUUGAGUUGCGACUUAAUGCCAUGAGGACAAUUCAUUGGAUCAGGCAGGGGUCUUCGGAGGCUUAA